AUGUACCAAGAAAGCAUGCAUAAAUCAGAUGCAGAGAAUACUACUUCUAGUUCGUUAGAAGGGUCACAAGAUUCAAAAGAUGAUGCUCUUAUGAACCGCUCCCGUUCGUUUGCGGAGGCGGUGGUGACCAUGGUGUGCCCGGUGAUUCUCGCGAUCGCGCUGAAGAAGGUCGACCUGAAGAGCGAGGAGCACGGGACGGCUGCCCCGAUUACUAUGCUUGUUGCGGCAGCCGUCGCGCUGAUCUUCGGCACCGCCCCCUUCCUCGCUCUGUGCUUCUCGAGGAGGUUCUUCAAUGGCGAGAGGAGACUCCCUACCAAUGCAACCAACGUCCUGGUCCCGUUGUCCUCCGUGUGCCUCAUCGGCCUCGCGAGCUGGAUCAUACACCUCAUACUCUCGGAACGGUGGGCUAUCGUUUUUCCGGCCUUUGGCGUCGUGCUCGGGCUCUGCGUCCUGAUUCGUACUGUCGUCUACUGCCGUGCACCGGUCGGCCCGGUAGACGAUGAUGCGUUGGAUGGGAGGCUGGAGAAGUCGCUCGAGUUCCUGGCCGGUGUCACGGCGCUGCUGUUCCUGGGGCUGGAAGGGCUAGCCCUGGAGGCGCAGGUUCCUCAGGGAGGGCAGCAUCGUCUCGCGGCGCCACUGGGAGCGAGCUUCGUCGCUUGCGUGUUCGGCGUGUUGCUCGUUCUCCUCGACAUGAUCCCGCCUCUCCUGCGUCCCAUCACCGUUUCCAGCCUCGCCGUGAUGUUCGACGUCGUCAUGGCUCUCGCCGUCACCGCGGUCAUGUGGUCUAUCAUGCACGAGAUCCUGGACGAGCAACGGGCGCUGCUAGCGCUGCUGCUACCGCCCUUCCUCAUCUUCAUGGUGUGGGUAUACGAUGCCACCUUGGGCCUCCGCAGCGGCGGCGUCGGCGAGGACGAAAAGCCGGCGUCGCUGGAGCUGGCCAAGGUCACGUUCACCGGGUUUCUGGCCGUGUCGGUGCCAGUCAUCAGGACCGGUUCGCUCUGCAGCUCCACCGACUGGUUUCUCAUCUUCGCGGCAUCGGCCAUUGUUUCAGGCUUCGCUUGGAGGCUCCUGACGCACUACGAGAUGGGGAAGACGGCCAAUUUCGCUUCCUUGUGCACCCAUAUCUGUGUUGCCAUUGCAACGGUGCCAUUCACAGCUAUGGCCGUAUAUGCCCUCCAGAGAAAGGACACACCGGAUGCUAAAGCACCGGUUCCAAUGUAA